AUGGAGCUGUUUACCUGGUUGAAGGGGAAACUCCUCGCCGCGUUGCACGCAUUCAAGCAAUGGCUUGUGAUGGUGUUGUGCUGCUUGCCGAGUGGCUCAAACGAAGCCGAGGCGCAAACAAAGGACAUCGAGCGACAAUUGCAUAAGGAGAAGAAAAAGCUGAGGCAACAGGUUCGAAUCCUGCUUCUUGGAUCCGGUGAAUCGGGAAAGUCGACAUUCAUCAAGCAAAUGGUGAUCAUUCAUGGAGCCGGCGAAUUUACAGCUGAUGAAGUGAGGUCAUAUCGACAGCAAAUCUAUCAGAAUGUGAUUUCGGCAAUGAGAGUUCUCGUCGAUGCAAGACACAAAUUGGGAUACGAAUUCGAAAACAAGAGCCUUGAGAAACGGUUGCCUGUUCUGAUGACAAUCACUAUUUCCGAUCUAUUGAAGGGCAUUGAUCAGUCGACCUUUGGCGAGGUAGCUCCGCUGAUCUCAGAUCUUUGGAUGGACGCCUCAAUCAAGCAAACUUUCGAUCAAAGGAAUCUCUUUCAAAUUACGGAUUCGUGCUCGUAUUUCUUCAACAAUAUGUCGAGGGUGGCAGCGCCAGAAUUUCAGCCAACAACCAAGGAUAUCUUAUUCUGCAGAAAGGCCACGAGAGGGAUCACCGAGCACAUGUUUGAGAUUCAAAAAGUCCCGUUCAGGUUUAUUGAUGUGGGCGGCCAGCGAUCACAACGACAAAAAUGGUUUCAAUGCUUCACGGACAUCACUUCAAUUCUCUUCAUGGUGGCUAGCAAUGAAUAUGAUCAGGUAAUCUUGGAAGAUCGACGAACGAAUCGAGUGGUCGAGUCUCGAUCAGUCUUCGAGACAAUCGUCAACAAUGUCGCUUUCCAGAAUGUCUCUGUGAUCUUGUUCAUGAACAAGAGUGAUUUGUUGAUAGAAAAAGUCCCCAAGUCGGACAUUCGAAAGUAUUUCUCGGACUUCAACGGAGAUCAUCGAAAUGUAAGGGAUGUGCAAUAUUUCUUGGUCGAUAAAUUUGAACGAUCACGAAAAGAGCGACAUCGACCCUUUUUCUAUCAUUUCACAACAGCUGUCGAUACAGAGAAUAUGCGAAGAGUGUUCAGAGAUGUCAAAGAAGUGAUAUUAAAAAGAAAUAUUGAACAACUGAAUAUGCAA